AUGGCCGAAGGAACUUGGGAGAAGCUGUCCCAGGUCGCUGUCCUGGGUGCUGAAUAUGACUCCCCUGAACGCCAGCCUCAUCCAAAAUGUUUGAAAGAGACCCGAGUGAAGCUUCUCGAAUUGAUCUACGGAUUGUUGGACAAGCGAGAGACGAGCCAGAUCAUUUGGCUGCAUGGCACGGCAGGCGUCGGGAAGUCUGCCGUGGCGUUCACUGUGGCCGAGAGGAUGAAAGGUCUGAAAAUGACAGAGAGGACGAAAAUCGAAACAAGGCUCGCGGGAACAUUCUUUUUCGCGCGCAAGCACACGAAACGCACCACGACCGGUCAUUUCUUUGCGACCCUUGCUUACCAGCUUGCGAGCAAUUUUCCUAGCGUCAAGAGCGACGUGAACAAAGCUAUCCACGAGAAUCCUGCGGUUCUAGACUCCAGCAAAUCUCUUCGCGACCAGAUGAUGGCGUUAUUUCGCCGACCCCUCGGGCACCUGCAAUCCAGUCUGCGCGAGUGUCCGCCUCCGGUGUUUGUUGUCGAUGCCCUCGAUGAAUGCCAACCUGAAACGCCUGAAAUGGUUGCUGAUCUGAUCUCCCUCCUCGGGGAAGCUCUUCGUGAUCCUGAACUUCCCGUGUUCCACAUUCUGCUCACCAGUCGCUUUGAAGAACACAUCGGUAAAGCCAUUCAAAAAGAAGAGAUGCGCACGCUGGUGCAUGAGAUACCGGUGAAUACUUUUGGGGAGGGCGUUGCUGGCACCAUUUCAUUAGACGGCGAAGAUGUGGACAAUGACAUCUGUACAUUCUUCCAGCAUUCCUUCACGGAGUUGCGAAAUAGCCAUCCUGAUUUCCCUCAGCCCACUGCGGAUAAUCUUAUGCGGCUGGCGAACCGAGCUGGCAGACGUUUCAUCGUGGCAUCUACAAUGAUGAAGUUCGUCGAUGACGGAUACAAUGACCCCCGGGAUCGCCUUGAACUCAUGCUCGAUCUAACCGCCAAACUGCUACCUGGGACAGAAGUGUACGAGCUGUACAACCGCAUCCUCUCCACCUGUUCAAACCCCAAUCGGGCAUACCAACACUUGUCCAUUGUUGCUGCCCUCGCAGACCCUCUGCCAAUCUCACAGAUUUCGAAGCUCCUUGGUCCUGGUCAAGGCAACGAUGUCGCGAUCACACUGAAACAGUUACGUUCUUUCAUGGAUAUCCCCAUUGACAGCAGCCAUCCCGUGAAUAUCUACCACUCGUCCAUUCGGGAUUAUGCUUCAGACUUCUCAAACUGCGGCCUCCAUGGAUUACAGCCCAUCCCACCACAUUCCCUGCUCGCUUAUUCGUCUUUCCGUUUGAUG